AUGAGGUCGCGGAUCUGCCGGGGGGUGACGGGGGGCGGCCGCCCUCGGUUCCCCCCCGCCGCCGCCGCCGCCACCGCUCCCCCGGCGCUGGGCGCCGCCAUUUUGGUCCCUCCCCCUCCCGUCACGGCCCGGGAAACGCGGGCCCGCACGAACGUUCCGCCCGCGCACGAUCGUUCCGCUCACGCCGCAGGGGUCGCUCAUGACCUCGCGCGACCCCCGCGCGGCCUCCGGAACCUCGCGGAGGGCUCGGGGGGCGCCGGCGCCCCCGUGAAAGUCCCCGCGAAUGUCCCCGGGAGCGUCCCCAGAAAUGUCCCCGGGAGCGUCCCCGCGAACGGCCCCGCGCCCCCCGCUCUCGGCGCUCUAUUGCUCCAGCCUGCAUCGAUCGCUCAGCUCUCCCCACAGCGGCGCUCUCGCCGCAGCCUCCCCCAACCUGCCAACAAGCCCGCAGCUGAUAGGCUGCGGCCGAAGAAGCUCGGCGCUGAUUGGCGGUUGGCGCCCCGUCCCUCAGGCAGCGGACGGGCCAUGUCGGCGGCGGCCGCGGCCCGGGACGGGCUCGGGGAGGGCGCGGGCGGCGCCGCGGGCGGCGGCGAUGGCGGCGGGGGAGGGAUCCUGAACCGCUUCGUGCAGCUGCCGGGCAGGCCGCGGGCGGCGGGCCACAGGUGCCCCCCGGCCAGGAGCGGCCAUCGCUGCGUGGCCGACAGCGCCAACCUCUACGUCUUCGGGGGCUACAACCCCGACUACGAUGAGUCCGGGGGGCCGGAGAACGAGGACUACCCCCUCUUCAGGGAGCUCUGGAGGUACAACUUUGCCACAGACACCUGGCACCAGAUGGGCACCGAAGGCUACAUGCCCAGGGAGCUGGCCUCCAUGUCACUUGUUUUACAUGGCAACAACCUCCUGGUUUUUGGGGGCACCGGGAUCCCCUUUGGAGAGAGCAACGGGAACGACGUCCACGUGUGCAACGUCAAGUACAAGAGAUGGGCUCUGCUCAGCUGCCGCGGCAAGAAACCCAACCGCAUCUACGGCCAGGCCAUGGCCAUCAUCAAUGGGUGUCUCUACGUGUUUGGAGGAACAACUGGGUACAUUUACAGCACUGAUCUCCACAAGCUGGACCUCAACACCCGGGAGUGGAUCCAGCUGAAGCCAAACAAUAUGUCCUGUGACAUGCCAGAGGAGAGGUACAGACAUGAAAUUGCUCAUGAUGGGCAACGGAUUUAUAUCCUGGGAGGUGGAACUUCCUGGACAGCUUAUUCCUUGGAUAAGAUCCAUGCCUACAACCUGGAAACCAACACCUGGGAGGAGAUCACCACAAAACCUCACGAGAAAGUCGGCUUCCCAGCAGCCAGAAGAUGCCACAGCUGUGUCCAGAUAAAAAAUGAUGUGUUCGUGUGCGGAGGCUACAACGGAGAGGUGAUUCUGGGAGACGUUUGGAAGCUGAACCUCCAAACUUUCCAGUGGGUCAAGCUCCCAGCUGCCAUGCCAGAGCCUGUGUACUUCCACUGUGCUGCUGUCACCCCAGCUGGCUGCAUGUAUGUCCACGGAGGGGUGGUCAACAUCCACCAAAACAAACGGACUGGCUCCCUGUUCAAAAUGUGGCUGGUGGUGCCCAGCCUGCUGGAACUGUGCUGGGAGAAGCUUCUGGAAUCUUUCCCUCACCUAGCAAGUCUCUCCAGAUCCCAGCUUUUGCACCUUGGACUGACGCAGGGACUUGUUGAGCGACUAAAAUGAGAACAUCUCCCACUUCUGUCCAAGACUCACCACGUUGAAGAAUUCCCCCUCCCAUCCCCUAUUUAUGGAUUCCAUGGAUGAUCUUGCUAAGAACAUGGAGAAACCUGCUCAAGGCCUUACUCAGCAAAUACAUCAAUGCCUUUCCAGACAUUGUUACUUUUAGUCAUUGAAAAAAAAAAAAAAAAUUAUCCCCUUUUUAUUUAUGGAGCUCUAAGUUACACCAUUAAUCCAAAAGUAUUUUCUGAGACUAAGCAGCCAACCAGCAACCUGUCAUCAGCACACGCUUGCAAAUUAAUUGGGGAGCUUAACGAGUUACUGAAUGUCUGAGCCCGUGCUUACACGUGGCACCUUCACCUUGGUAUUUCCACCAUCGUAUCCAACAAGGGACAUUUGCUGCAGAACAACCACCAAGCUGUUCUUUUGCUUUGGAUAACCCAUCCCUCCCAGCCAGCUGAGCUCCCCCUCUCCAAACCCAGCCCAUUCCUUCAGCCCUGCAUGUGUUCCAUGGGCCAUGUUCCCAUCCCUGAGCUUCCGGAGACGGCUGGAACGUCGCCGGGGCGGCGAGCGAAGCUUGGCCCGUGCAGCUUCCCUGGUGCAGUGUCUGUGUCCUCCCCUUUUCAUAUUGAAAGGUUUGCUUGGAAAACUGGGAAAAAGUUGCCACUUAAGGGACUACUGUGUAGUUUUUACUGGGGGUGGAGAGGAAGGAGGUUUUCCUGAGGCUCUUUUAAACCUUUUUGGCUCACUUUGCACCCAGAACGAGCUACAGCAAAAACUCACCCUGUAGAUUUCAGGGCUCUUUGAACCUGCUCAACCAAGCCCUGGUUCUCAGCAUCUCCCAGCUUUUGGUUUUCCUUCCUCCCACACUACCCAAAUUGGCCUUUUUCUUCUUGUUUCACCCUCCCCUGAGGGUGGGAGAUGUGAUUUAAAGCCAGUUUGGAGAGUGGCUUUGUAGAUAGCUCAGCCCAGGAAAUACAGCAUCCAAAAAAGGGGAAAGGGAACAACUGUCCUUCCUUCUGGGAACAGGGACUGUCUGUGCACAGGAAGGGGUGGCUCUGAUCCUCUUGUGCUCUCUACACUGCAUUUGUUUAAGUGGCCACUGAACUCUGAACAGCUCCAGGCAUGAGGUUUGUGCAAAAUCCUUUUCAGUUGGAGCCCAUUUUUAAGUGCCUUUUGUUUUUAAAAUCAGCUUUUCCCAAUGCUUUCUUCUUCAUCAAAGGCAGAGGUUACACUCUGGGGUUUUAGUUUCUUUUUAAGAGAUUGCAUUUAUGUUUAAAUAAACCAUAGCAUUGUCUUAAUGUUGUUAAUCCAAA